AUGCGUGGCCAAUUUGCUAUAUUUGGAUAUCCUAAUGAUUUUAAAUUGCAUUCUCAAAUGAAAAUUCCAUAUAUUAAUGACAAACCAAUUGCCCUUGGAGAAGGAACCACUAACAUUGUAAAACAAUUUCAUUUCAACCAUUCUUUUAGUCCGAAGAGAUCAAAUAUGAUUUAUUGGCUUGAUAUUGCAAAUGAUACAUUCGAUUAUUCAAUUUCCCACCCUACAGGAAAUCAUAAUUGGCCACCACAUUUCGGAGAAAAAGGAAUGCUUGACUUUUAUGGAAAUUUUACUGCAACUUACACACUCUAUAGGGACGUAUAUGUUAAUAGUUUUGCCGAAUUUACAAAUGAAACUCAUCGUAUUUUCCCAAAUCACUACACAGGACCUGAAUGGAUUUAUAAAUUCUACCCUGGCCCGCAAGUAGCGAGUAUCUCACAUGGAGUUAUGUUUGGACACUUCUUUUGCGCACACUCAUUUGGCCAUUUUACUCAUGAUUAUAUGUUUCCAUUUAUGAUGACUCCAAAAGAAAUUUUAGACAAAGCAACAAUUAUUAUCCCAGCAAACAUCAAAUAUGCUCGUGAUUAUAUGCACUCUCUUGGCUAUGACAAUCAAAUUUUCGAACUUGAUCUUGAUAAAUGGGUUUUCUGCUACGAAGUUCUUAUUCCUACAUAUCCACGCCCUCAUAAUGUUCAUUUUGGAAUGGGUGCUCAGCUUUUAAACUUAAAACUUAGAGAAGCUUUUCAUCUUGAAGAAAUAAUUCCAAAUAGAUUUGUUUUUAUCAACAGAUUUAAUACACGACUGAUCACUAAUAUGUAUGAUUUAUAUUCAUUGACCGUUAUGAAAUAUCCUGACAUUCCUUGGGAAUAUUUACCAGAUGAAGAUGGAAAUUUGGAAUUUUAUGCCAAAAUCUAUUCAACAAUCAAGGUAUUAAUAAUUCCAAAUGGAAGUAAUGCAUUCAAAUGCAUUUUCAUGGCUAAAGAUACUCUUGUUGUUCUCAUUAAUAAUGAAAUGUGGGAUAUUUCAAACUAUGGAACACUGGCUUCAAUUGGUAUUAAAAUUAUCGUAUUCUAUAACAAAAACUAUGGAAGACUUUCAAAGAAGACAGUAAUUGAUCCUCUUAAGUUCAUGCAGGCAAUGGAUGCAGCAUAUUUCUAUAUUAAGAAAGGAAAUUUCCCAAAGCCUAUUCCUGGUUUCAGUUUCAUUGAUUACAAAUUUGAUUUUUGUGAUAGUUGUUAUAAAAAACCUCAAGACAAUGCACAUUCAGAUAAGACCCAGCUAAGCUAA